GCAUUCAUAUCGACAUCUUUAUGAGAAACAGUAAACGGUGACGUUCUUCGUUAACAGUAAGUAUUUAUGCAUCGAAAUCGAUCCUCUUUCAGAUUUAUUAUUAGCCACCCUGUACAAAAAUCUCUAUGUCAACCUCAACAGGAGGCAUCACCGUUCCAGUUUCACGCAAAACAAGUCCCCAUCUGAUCGACCCAUCGUCCAACGGGACCUUCUCCUUCCAAACCCGCCUAUAGCACGUCCAAGCUCGACCCACUGCCAGUGUGCCUUCCACACCGAAAACAUACCAGUCAACCACCAAAAAUGUACCGCCAACUACUAACUUUGACCAUAACGAACAUCAUAUGUGCGAUCUGCGCACCUACGGAACACCCGCAACAAAACGCUGUCUACGACUUUUCCAAAUUCGACGAAGUCUACGACCAGCGCCAGAACGGCACUGAGAACAUCAAGGUGGACGUCAACGGCGUGGUAGUCGUCUGGGCGGCACCGGAGGCUGUGCUCUCGGCUGUGUCCCUGCUAGAACCCGGGCUACUAGACGGUGACUACUCCGACCUGGAAGAACUUUUGGGUUCCCAGAAGCCGCUCAAGCCGGAAAACUUGCUGGUGGUGAGUCCCGAGAGACCCAGUAGCAGCACUACUACCGCCUUGCCGCCGAGCUUGGUGACGGAAAGUGGUGGUGACUCUCCCCAGAAGGUUCAGAAUAACACCGCAAGGCAUGAAAACAUUAAAAGGAAAUAUAGAAUACCACUAUUCAUCAGACCAUUUCUAGCAAGAAGAAAGCAGUAAACAUUAUUUGUCCAGCUAUUUCCUGCAAAUACAUAUUUUGACUGAUCUAUUUAAUUAUGUGAUGACUUUUUAAAUAAAUAUAUAG